AUGUCCUCGGAAAGAUCAAUGAAGCGCGAGAGCGCAUGCAGAUGGACAAGAUCGCAAAGGAGAAGUGAGGGAGCCACCCCCUUCGUUCGCCGAAUAUAUACUGAUUGUAUCUUGCACAGCAUUCGGCGGCGAUUCGAGCAAAAUCAGACAGACUGUACUAUUACAGUCCUCGCCUUACUGCCCACUCUGACCGAGAACAUCCUGGAAGAUCUCCCUGUCGAACAGUUGACUCAUGAGCUGCAGCAGAAGAAGGCAGAAAGAUUGGCACGUGCCUCAGGAGAAGGGAAAUCGGAAGCGUCGAGCAUGUACGACGGCGAUACGGCGAGCAUUUCCAGCUUUCAGACGGGCAGCUUUAUACAUGCCAGUCAAUUUCAGGGUGAUGGGAGUCAGUCAGUGGGGCCCCGUCGGACGAAGGCUCAACUUUGGAAUGAGUUGAAAGUGACUUCGAUCACAAGAGCAUUUACACUGAUCUACAGCCUGUCACUGCUCACAAUCCUCACGAGAAUACAGCUAAACCUCCUCGGCCGACUAAACUAUCUAUCUUCGGUCAUCUCGUUGGCCCAGCCUCCACCACCCGGCAGAGCGGACUCGAUUUCGUUGGAAGAUCAUGAUGAUGGAAGCGCGGGUGCCGGGUUUGGGAACGACUUUGAAACAAACAGGAGAUAUCUGACAUUUUCCUGGUUUCUGCUGCAUAAAGGGUAUGCACAGAUCAUGUCAAAGGUCAGGGAAGCAGUGGAGGAAGUGUUUGGUGGCAUCUCUCCCAGCGAAGGAAUCACCGCUACUCGGCUCAGCGAUCUGGUUCUUGACGUCCGAAAGCGCGUUGAGGGCGGCUCUGAGCAGGAGAGAUAUGCCACCAGAUGGCUGCCCUACGUGUUACCACCUAAAGAGGAGGAAGAAGCAGUGUUGAUAGAGUCGGGGGUGAUCACUCCGCCAGCAACCUCCCCAGGCUCGGACGCUCAGGAUCCCGAGAAGGGCGAACACCAAGAACCCACAAUCCACAUCGAUACGUCGACAGGGCCAUUGCGGCAGCUUCUCGACGAGACCGCUGAUUUGAUUGACUCGCCAACAUUCACGAGGAUCCACACCCUACUUCUCGGGUCCAUGUUUUCGCAUCUAAUCGACACUCGUGUUAUUGCCCAACUAUAUCCACAACCAAGGCAGCACUCUCCGUCUUCCUCCAUUUCUAGCGCACAACACCCGCGCAUUCAGGAGCUUGACUCUGCCGUUACAGUCGUGCCGGGAGAGCCGCGGGUCAAGCUUGCCAAUAUUCUGGCAAUCAUCACACGCCAGGCACAUGCGAUCGGGAAUGGGAACAACCCACCCAAUGAAUAUGUAUCUACAGCAGAAGCCGAGGUCAGAGAGCUCGAGGCUUUCGCUGCCGUUAUCUAUGCCAGCAAUUUGGACCAGAGUCUGGAGGAAAAUCGGCCCAAUACCGGCGAUAGUGGGCUAAGGGCGGCUGGCGGAGUUGGCGUGAGCGACGUCGGCGCUGAACCGGUCGAUGAAUUGAUUGAAAGUAAAUUGGAAAGUGCAUGGACAAAGGUCGCGGGCAGUUCAAGCUUCUCAUCACGGUGA